AUACUCACCGCCCUACCGGAAGAACACAAGAAAUUUUCUCUUCUUCACCGAAAAACUUUCUCCCCGUCAUCACCUUCUGCCGCUGCAUCACCUUCUUCGCCCUCUCCCUCUGCUCGGAUGAUUCCAGUGAUUCCCUCUGCUCGGAUGAUUCCAGUGAUUCCGAAGCCGAAGGCGGAGUAAGCCAUGCCGGUUCCAGGAGGUAAGAUCUACCACCAAUCUGCACCGGUAAACGUGCCCAUCGUGCCGCCGAGGGCUCGGAGAGGCUGGGAGGAUCUUGAUGGCGAUUUGAGGGAAGCUGAGGAUAUUGAAGAAGAGGAGAUUCUUCCACCUCAUGAGAUUGUGGCGAGGGCUGUUUGCAAGGAGUCUCCUUUGACCACUUUCUCAAUGCUGUCCGGCAUUAAACAGGUUUUCUAGAUUGAUGUAGUAGAGAGCUUGGCUCUUCGUUGUCGGAAAUUUUGGAAAUUGUCAUGAGCUAUGUGAUUUUUGAUAAGCAGGGAUCUAUUUUAUUCGAUUUUCUAGAAUAAUUUG